AUGAAGAAGCUGUUCAAAAAGUAUGCAGCGAAGAAACUAAUUUCUCGUGGCGAAGAUGCCCUGGCUCCGACCAAAAAGCAAUGGGAAAACAUUUCACAAUAUCACCAAGGCAAAGUAUUGCAUCAUCGCACCCAUCCAGUACUCACCAGAAGAGGCUACGUGACUGAUGAAGCAAAGAUCAGGAAGCAUGAGGAGCUGAAGAACUUCGCAUUGGAGCUGUAUGACAUUGCGAAGAAGAUUGCCGAAAAAUGUGAAGAACGAAAAAUGACACGUAUCCUUGUCCUGAAGGAGGGCACUCAAGAGGAUCAACCAUACAAGCAGAGAAAGAAGUCGGUGACGCUGAAAACUCAGGAGGCACAUUCUGCAGACCCAGGACGCCUCAGGUCUGGUACCGUGUACAAGGACCUCCAUGAUGAUACGGAGGAGGAGUGUGAUGUUGAAGCUACUCAGAGAAGAAGAAUUAAAGGAAAAAUGCUCAUGAGGGAGACCCAGACGCCUCUUCCACGGAUAAAUGAUGAACUUCUGUACCCGGCUUCCGAGCCUGAAGACAUGGAAGCAUAUCACAAGGAGAAGCACAGCUACAAGCAACUGAGCAGUACCAGGAUGGGCCUGGAGGCUCUUAUUGACGGGGCCAACAGCAAGAGAGCCACUCACUCCACAACUGGCGGAGUGAGCCAAUGGUGGUCCUCGAGGUGA